AAAAAAAAAGCUUUAAGUUAACAACGUGGGAUGGAACUAUGAAGCUCCCAUUGGGUUGGAAGCUUUGAAUUUCUGUUAUUUCAACUCUGGUUUCGACUUUAACGAUUAGAGUUUUAUUUUGUUAUAUCUAUUUUGAGCUCUCUGCAAAUUUCAAUGGCGGAAACCUCUCAUGGCCCUGCUAGCUUUUGGACUCAAGCCGAUGCUCUGCUGCGAAAGAACCUAACUUUUCAGAAAAGAAAUAUCAGGACAAAUAUUCGGCUAAUUUCGUUUCCAUUUAUUCUCUGCCUUUUGCUUGUGCUCAUCCAAAAUUUCGUCAAUCAUGAACUAGAUAAGCCUGAAAAUAAAUGUGGCUGUGCUUGUAUUGAUACAAAUGGAGAUGGCCGAUGUGAGGAAGUUUGUUCUUUGGAAUACUCGUCUUUGGAUCAAGGGGCCUGGUGUCCGAUCCCUAAUCCACCACAAUGGCCUCCAUUGUUGCAAGUUCCAGCUCCUGAGUAUCGUGCUGUGGCAUCUGAUGCUAUUUCGUUUUCUGAUUUGCCAAAUGAGUCAUGUAAAAGGACUGGUUCCUGUCCUGUUACUCUACUUUUUACUGGCAAUAAUCAAUCUCUUGGACAAACUAUGGCUGGGAGUAUGUUCACAAGUUCUGCAAGUUUAAAUUCCUCACGUUCUCUUGAUAGCUUAGCCAAUAUUGUUGCCGGCUCUGAAUCAAUGCCCCAAUACACCAAUUUCCUUGAUCCUGCAUUUUAUUCAAAUCUUCCCAUAUAUAAUUUGCAACGUCAGUGCACACAGAACUCUACGUUUUAUGCUGAUGUUCAAAUCACGUCCUUUGGGAGAAAACAAGAGAUUAGAUGCGUUCAAGGUUUGCCUUUGUGGCGCAAUACCUCUUCUGAGAUCAACGAUGAGCUAUAUAAAGGUUACAGAAAGGGAAAUUCAGAGAGGAAGAUUAAUGAGAUUGCAGCAGCCUACGACUUCUUGAACUCAAAUGGGAACAAUUUUAACGUGACCAUAUGGUACAAUUCUACAUAUAAGAACGAUUCAGGCAAUGUUCCUAUUGGAUUGUUACGGGUCCCACGUUCAGUGAAUCUGGCAUCCAAUGCCUACCUACAAUUUUUACGAGGGCCUGGUACAAAAAUUCAGUUCGAUUUUGUCAAAGAAAUGCCCAAACAUGAAAGCCAACUCAGAUUGGACUUUUCAUCUCUUCUUGGUCCACUCUUCUUUACGUGGGUCAUCAUACAGCUAUUUCCUGUUGUGUUGACAGCGCUGGUUUAUGAAAAGCAACAAAAACUGAGAAUCAUGAUGAAAAUGCACGGGCUUGGUGAUGGGCCUUAUUGGAUGAUUUCAUAUGCCUACUUUUUAGCCGUGUCAUUAGUCUACAUGCUGUGUUUUGUGUUAUUUGGUUCUUUAGUAGGGUUAAAGUUCUUCACUCUAAAUGACUACAGCAUUCAAUUUGUUUUCUACUUCAUCUAUAUCAACUUGCAAAUUGCACUGGCUUUUCUAGCAGCUGCAAUGUUUUCUAAUGUGAAGACUGCUACAGUUAUAGGGUACAUAUGUGUCUUUGCAACGGGACUCCUAGGAGGCUUUCUUUUUCAGUUUUUUGUUGAAGAUGCAUCAUUCCCAAGGGGCUGGGUUAUUGUUAUGGAGUUGUAUCCAGGUUUUGCUUUGUAUCGAGGGUUAUAUGAGUUUGCGCAAUAUUCUUUCAAUGGAAACUACUUGGGGACUGAUGGGAUGCGCUGGGGAGAUUUAAGUGACAGCAAAAAUGGGCUGAGAGAAGUAUUUAUUAUAAUGGUUGUGGAAUGGAUUCUGGUGCUAUUUGUUGCAUAUUACGUGGACCAAAUUAUAUCAUCAGGAAGAAGAAAAAGUCCUUUAUUUUUCUUGGAAAGCCUUGGGAAGAAAAAGGGGUCAUCUUUUAGAAGUCCUAGUUUACAAAAGCAGGGGUCCAAAGUUUUUGUUGAUAUGGAAAAACCUGAUGUCAUUCAAGAGCGAGAGAGGGUUGAACAAUUGCUACUAGAUUCAGAUUCAAGUCAGGCCAUUAUAUGUGACAACCUUAAGAAGGUGUAUCCAGGAAGGGAUGGAAAUCCUGAAAAAUUUGCUGUGAGAGGAUUAUCACUUGCUUUGCCCCGUGGGGAGUGUUUUGGUAUGCUUGGCCCCAAUGGUGCAGGCAAGACUUCUUUUAUCAAUAUGAUGAUCGGUCUUACAAAGCCAACCUCUGGCACAGCAUUUGUUGAGGGCAUGGACAUACAAACUGAUAUGGAUGAAAUCUAUACCAGCAUGGGUGUUUGCCCACAGCAUGACCUGCUUUGGGAAACCCUUACAGGAAGAGAACAUCUAUUAUUUUAUGGCAGACUAAAGAGCCUCAAAGGUUCCACCUUAACACGAGCUGUGGAAGAAUCUCUAAAGAGUGUCAAUCUAUUCCAUGGAGGAGUUGCUGACAAACAAGCUGGAAAAUAUAGUGGAGGCAUGAAGAGGAGGCUCAGUGUUGCAAUUUCUCUCAUUGGGGAUCCCAAAGUUGUUUACAUGGAUGAGCCUAGUACUGGACUUGACCCAGCUUCAAGAAACAAUCUAUGGAAUGUUGUGAAACGUGCAAAGCAAGAGCGAGCAAUCAUCCUUACAACACAUUCUAUGGAAGAGGCAGAGGUUUUGUGUGACCGGUUAGGAAUUUUUGUGGAUGGAAGCUUGCAGUGCAUAGGAAAUCCUAAAGAGUUGAAAGGAAGAUACGGAGGAUCUUAUGUUUUUACAAUGACAACAUCUUCAAACCAUGAACAAGAGGUUGAAAGCUUGGUGAGGCAGCUCUCCCCAAAUGCUAACAAGAUAUAUCACUUAUCUGGGACCCAGAAGUUCGAGUUGCCCAAACACGAGGUGAGAAUUGCAGAUGUCUUCCAAGCUGUUCAGAAUGCCAAGAGCAGGUUCACGGUUUUCGCAUGGGGUUUAGCCGACACCACACUGGAGGAUGUCUUCAUCAAGGUUGCUCGCGGGGCUCAAGCAUUCAACGUAUUUUCAUAGUUGUUUGUAUUUGUAAAUUCAUUUUCUGUUAGCAUGUUCCUACAAAUAUUUAUGUCGUGUGGUUUUCUUUAGUAGUUGGUAUAAAAGUGAGUAAUUUUUUUUUGUUAUUUAAGGAAAAUAAAUCAUUGUUAAUAUACAUUAUACAAGCUUUGCGUUGAAUUGCCAACAGUAAAUAUAUCCACAACAGUAAAGACUAAUUUCAAAUAAAUAUUAUCCUUAGUAUCCAGAA